AUGUCUCUCUGUCUCUGUCUCUGUCUCUGUCUGUCUUCUCUCUCUCUCUCUGUCUCUCUGUCUCUCUGUCUCUCUCUUUCUCUCUCUCUAUCUGUCUCUCUCUCUCUGUCUCUGUCUCUCUCUCUCUCUCUCUCUCUCUCUCUCUCUCUCUCUCUCUCUCUCUCUCUCUCUCUCUCUCUCUCUCUCUCUCUCUCAUCUUCUAAUUAUAGCCUUUCCGAGGAAGCUCUCAUACAAAUCGAGCUGCACAAAUUAGAUCUGGCUGACAAGCGCGAGCAAAAGGCAGCCGAGCGCGCGGAGAAGAGACGGGCAGUGUGCAGUGAAAAGAUUGACAUAUUGGAGAAAAGAUUCUGUGGUCUCACGGCAGAGAACACCCUGGCCCUUCGAGAAAAGAUGAUGUCAUUCAAUGACAAUGAGUUUGAGCAUUACGUCGUCCAGUGGAUCAAGGAGGACAUCUCACCCGAGAAGAUGAAGUCUUUCCCCAUUGAAGAGCUUCCCUGCAGCCACCACUACUAUGCAGCAAAAAUUGUCAAGCACAUCGACGACCUUUAUGCCGACAAGACGUGGCAGGGCAACAAGAAGCUGACUCAAGAACUACUGUGGGCGGUCAAUGCUCCGGAUGAUACCUCAGUGCCUGACCUCCAGCAAGAGAACAGCAUUUCUUCGCGACUGACCAUCGUGCUGCAGGAGCACUUUGGCCUGAACUUUGUCCAUCAGUACGCCAUCGGCGCCAAAAACACCCAUUGCAAGAAGGAGGCUCAGCCGUUUGAUCAAUAUGGAGGACAGGUUGCCAAUGAGCUCGUGCGACUGGGAGCCAUUGCAACACGGUAUGAGAGCAGAAGCUCCGCGCCGCUGACGGACCGGAGCACCGAGUGGCCCAUUGUCAACAUCAACGUGGUGGGAAGCCAUGUGAGCGCAUACCUGGCCCUCAAUGUCUCUGGAAGUCACUGGUUAACGGCCAGGCGCAUGGCGCCAUCGCUGCUGCCAUCACUUGAGGGCUCAAGUGCCAACGCGAAGAAGAUGCAGCAAAAGUCAUCUGGGCUGCUCUUUUUGCGACUCGGUCAAUGCACGGUGUUUAAGCACUUUGACUACUGGGGUCGCAGCCCAAAACUCUGCAGCGCCUUGAACCGUGUCGUGAAUGACCAAGAUCGCCGCCACCCGCCCAACGAGCGAAUCCUGAGGCAACUUGCUCAACUGGAGGCGACGGGCACCUUCUAUCAGAAAUGGAAGGUGACGGAGCUUGCAUCUGCCGUGCAUGUGCUCAGCUACCCUUACGUGGAGCUGGCGCAUCCCACCGAGCUCAAGCAACUGGUCCAGGUCAUACGCCAACUGGAGGCCAUCCACAGCGUCGACUUUGUGCACGGCGACAUUCUCCCCCGCAACAUUCUGUUUUGCAGCGACUGGGAAGAACAUCCUGCGGCCUUUCUCAUUGACUUUGAUCUUGGCCGGUUCCUCGCCGAUGUACCCCGCUAUGCCUCCAACUUUGCCACGGCAGCGGAGGUGCUGGAGCCGUAUCGUCACGGUGAUGCGAUCCCACAUGCGAAGAUGGCGAAGGGGCAUGAUGGCUUUGCCUUGGCGCGUGUCAUGGAGGACUUUUUAGAGGCUGACGGGCCUCGUGAUGAGCUGGUGCCUGCGCUGAAUGAUCUCCACCUGGAUGAGGCUGCCAGGCUGUGCGAGGCCUGCAAGCUUCUGUCUGAUUUCAAGGUUUCCGUGUCGGGCAAGGCCACAGGCAGUCCGCGUGAUGGGUCGCUCGGGUCGUGUUGGUCGAGCACGAUGCCCGCUCCUGGAGGAUACGGAGAUUACAGCGAGGAAGAGUCUGACCUCCUCCCCCCCCGCCCCACUUCUACAACGACCAUUAUUAACAUGAUUGUGCAUCAUCAUGAUGGAGUGUGCGCAAACCCUUUCAUAUCUCAAACUCUCCUUUCUCUCAAACUCUUUCUCUCAAACUCUCUCUCAAACUCUCUCUCAAACUCUCUCUCAAACUCUCUCAACUCUCUCUCUCUCUCCCCCUCUCAAGCUCUCAAGCUCUCACUCUUUCUCUCUCAAACUCCCCCAAUCUCAAUCUUCUCUCUCUGUGUGUCUCUCUCUGUUUCUCUCUCUUUCUGGCUGUUUCGCCUGAUUUUUUUUUUAGCAUUUCAAGCUUCUUGGCAGCUAGGAACCGACAGGAUGAGUGCAGUUAAGGACCACAUCAUCUUCACGUCGCCUGAAAAUGAGGCGGACUUUGAGGAGACCAAGGACUCAAGCCCCAUUGGCGCGGACGUUGGUGAGGCCGUGGGCCCAGGCGGCGAAAUUGACUGGGAUUGCCCUUGUCUUCAGGGCAUGACGGACGGCCCCUGUGGAGAUGCGUUCAAGGAGGCCUUCAGCUGCUUCGUCUACAGCCAGGAAGAGCAGAAAGGUUCGGAAUGCCUGGAACAGUUCAAGGCCAUGCAGGACUGUUUGGUGGCCAAUGCCGAAUACUAUGGCAUGAACAACGGUGACGGUGAUGCCGCUGCGCCGGCCGAGGCGGUGGCCGACAAUGUCUCUGAAACCGUCACCGAGGUUGCCUCUGAGGCUGCAGAGGCCGUCUCCGAGGCUGUGGAGGCCGUCUCCGAGGUCGUCGAGUCAGUCCCUGAAGCCGUCUCGGAAGCCGUUGCCGAGGUCUCCGAGGCUGCCUCCAAGGUCGCCGCUGACGUUGCAGAGGUUGCUGCCGAUGUUGCAGACGCCGUCGUUGACGCAGUUACCCCACAGAACCAGGAUGACAAGACCGCCGACAGCAACUAA